CACACACAAGAAUUGAUACUUGCAUAUCGUUCUAAACAUGGCCAUGGCUAAUGCUAACGUUGUCAAGGCAGCAGUGGGUACCCUGCUACUAGCCUGCAGCAUGAUCAUGAUAGUAGUCCCCUGCGCAAAAGCAGAGAUCUCGUGCCUGCAGAUAACCAUGCAGCUGACUCCCUGCAUCCCCUAUGGCGUGCUUGGAGGGAGCGUGCCACCGGCCUGCUGCCAAGGGGUCAAGGAUUCGAUGGCGCUGGUGAAUACGACAGAGGAUCUUAGGGCGAAAUGCCAGUGCGUUAAGGAUGGUGCUGCUGGAAUCCCUGGUAUCAACUAUACCAGGGUCAAUGAACUCCCUAGCAUAUGUCACGUCACUGUGCCUUACGUCGUUAGCCCCGAAACCGACUGCUCUAAGUUAACUUUGCCGAAGUAGGGGGAGCCACCAUUACCAGGCAGCUGAGGAGACUGGCAGUAGGGUUAUAUAAUGGGGUGUGAUUAAUAUUAUGUAGAAGCCAAUAAUGGGGGGGGGGGGGGGGGGGGGGGGGGGAACAAAGAAAGUGAUUGACAAGUUCCCCUGUGGAAUGUUUAUGAGCUACGCUGAGUAGUUCUUUUGUCUGAGCUAAGUAGUGAUAGAAUAUGAAUGGUCUACCAUUGAAGAACGAUGUAGCAGCAAGAUAUGUUAUGUAAGCAUUACUUUUCUAAAGUAAAAAUAAAAAGCCCUAUAUAUUUAUGUUACGAUAGAGUUCAUUCGAUCUUUUUGGGCUCUUGUUUGCCGGAUUUGACGCAUAUUGACCAGUUCUACGUAACUCCACCUGUGUUUGCAAAUGUGUACUCUUAUAUUUGUAAACCAAUCAUCGAGGAAUUAAUCUAUAAAAUCUUC